AAGGAGCCGUGAAAGGAUGACGUUUGUCGUGAAGUAUACACAAAACGAAAAAAUCUCAUCUUGUGAUUUUCAGCCUCAAGAAACUGAGUGAAACCAAAGUGAAGCUGACGGAUCGAUUUGAGAUUCUUUGUUGCUCGCUCAGACAGGAAGUGGCCGUACCCUAGAAACAUGAACAAAUCGAGCGAGAAAAGUAUACACGAAAUGUUGAAAAACACUCCGUCCAUGAACGACAGCACCGAUGUGGUGCAUACGGGUUCUGAGCAGCAAACAAUCAAGCACUCGACCACGUUGACUCUACGAAACGUUAGCAAUCAUAGUCUAACGUCACCGACUUCGGUCAGUCUGGAGGAUGAAUCUGCAUACAUCAAGAAUGGGUCGUCCAAGCUCGACACGUUCCGCAACUGGAGCAUUACCACGUACAAAUGCACCAAACAGAUCAUGCUGGAAAAGCUGGGCAAAUCGACACGCACAGUCGAUCUCGAGCUGGAGGCGCAGAUCGAUCAGCUGAAGGAAACGCAAAAGAAGUAUCUAAGCAUAUUACGCUUGUCGCGUGCAUUUACGUCCCACUUUUACAACUGCAUGCAAACGCAGAGCCUGCUGUCGGAAACGUUCGCCGAUUUGGCCCAGAAAAGCCCGGAAUUGCAGGAAGAGUUUUUGCGAAACGCCGAAACACAACGGAUUCUGACGAAGAACGGUGAGCUGCUGCUGAACGCGCUUAACUUUUUCAUAUCGUCCAUCAAUACGCUUUGCAAUAAGACGAUCGAAGAUACGCUACUAACGAUUCGACAGUAUGAGCUGGCCCGCGUCGAAUACGAUGCGUACCGGGUGGAUAUGGAGCAACAGCGGACGGGUGGCAGUGAACCACAGCAGAAAUACUCCAGCGAUGAAGUGCAGAAAAAGUAUGAAAAAUGCAAAGAUCAGUACGAGAAGCUACGUUCGGACAUAGUGGUGAAAAUGCAAUUUCUCGAGGAAAAUAGGAUCAAAGUUAUGCACAAACAGUUGCUGCUCUUCCACAAUGCUAUAGCCGCAUAUUUCGCUGGCAAUGCUAACGGUCUAGAGAAGACGUUACAACAGUUUAAUAUUAGCUUGAAGAGCCCCAACUCCGUCACCAGUUCGUGGCUGGAGCAAUAGGAUGCAAUGCCAUCCCACAGAAGCAUCGCGCCAGUAGUAGUUGUAGAUCGAUGAAUCAAUGUCAUUUAAAGUAUUUGAACUGAAUGUGAUUUUUUGCUUUUCGAGUGCAUGAAGAGCAAGUGUAGGAUGCAUUCAUUUUCACAACAGGCAUCCGGCACGAUCAGAUCUGCCUUGCUUCUGGUGAACUAGCUUAUCAGGCAAGCCACACUAUCUAAAUUGUAUGAGAUUUCUUUCCAUCAAUUGAGAUUCAAUUUAAGUUAUUAAUACUUAACAUACUAUUUAGUGAUAGUAUGCAGGAUUUCAUGUUACUUUAUAGUGUACCAAUUUACACUUGACAGCACUGCACAAUUAUUUAUAUUUUAAGAACAGCAUACGAUGCACCACCGUCUACAGAAUGGGGGUUUUGUUUGGCAAAUGCGUUUCUUUUGUAGCCUAGUCACUGUAAUCGUAUACUCUUAUGUUAACUCAAUCGUUUUUUUUACGUUCAAUGUGAUGAUAUUCUUUUGCUUAGUGUGAACUCUUGGUUUGCCGUCAAAAUCUCAAAAGAAAAGUGAUUUUCAUUCAGUCAUCUAGUACUGAAUCGUAACUUUUUGUCCAAUAACAAAAAGCGGGUAAACGAGUGGUUGACGAUGCGAUUGGCCCUAUACUUGGUGUAUUUGUGCGGGAGACGAAGAUAACAGUUGUUAUCGUGGCGGUUAAACUGUAACCGGUUUGAGUUCGAUAGUGUAGUAGUCACGGGAAUUUAUAUGCACUAAGAGACCGCACACCAAGAACACGUAAAACAUAGCAUGUAAAUGGUACACAACUCACACCAAAUGUACACACACACACAUCCAAAACACUACACGAUCGUGACAUGGUAAAAAUGUAAAGUUAAGAGAAUCUCCACACAUUCGUCGCCGUUAGAACUGCUAGGAUGGGGUCACGUUUAAAUGGUCGGGGUCAUAUAUAAAAUAGAACGAUGUGAAGCUUGCAUAACGUGAUUGUGUAAAUGGUUGACAAAUAAGAGGUUUGGUCGAAAGGAUAUUUUGGUUUUCCAUGUAACAGAACAAAAUGUAACGUAAAUAAUAGCUUCAGAAAAAUAAUACCUAAACAAACGAUAUUUCUG